GUAGGUAGACAGAAUUGUCAUGUUGAUUUGGUUCUGUGAUUUUUUGAUUUAUUAUGUGAAUUUGUGUGAUUCUAAUUUAUUCAAUAACGAAAACAAAAAUCAGACAUUGGCAAUUUAAAAGUGCAUAUUUUCAAUGUGAUUAUCUCUGGGUGUAUCAUUAUUAUAGUGUGCAAUCAUCAAAAUAAAAAUAUUCAAUUGUCGGUAUAAUAUUGUCUUCAAUCGAUUUAACUAUGAAAUUAUUUCGGUCUAGCUGUUAAUAAAUCACUAUGACUCCAAAAAUCUUAUAAUCUAGCCGUUGAAAGUGUCAAAGAUGUCUCUGGAACGUGAUAACUUGAGUGUAGGGCCGAGCCCUAGUGUAACCUCCUCAGACCCACGCUCUCUCCUCCUGCAGGAGAUGCGGGAACAGAACUUUGAUCUAAUCAGAUUUGCAUCAUACAGAACGGCAUGUAAGCUGAGAUAUGUCCAGAAAAAGUGUAACUUACAUGUCAUAGACAUAUGGAAUGUCAUAGAGGCUUUCAGGGAAAAUGCCCUCAACACACUAGAGCCUAAUGCAUGUGUGAAUGUGACUCGUUUGGAGACUCUUGUGUCUUCAUUGUAUCACAAUCUGAAUAAGAGAUUACCUCCCGCACAUCAAGUAUCGGUGGAGGCCUGCUCUGCUCUCUUGUUGAAUUGGCUGCUCUCGGCUUAUAGUACUGGUGAAAAUGUGGGAAAAAUCCGGGUGUUUUCAAUAAAAGUGGCACUGGCGACCAUGUGUGCCGGAAAACUGAUGGACAAACUUAGAUAUAUAUUCUCCCAGCUGUCCGAUGGUAAUGGGCACCUCAUGAUGAAGAGACUUUCGGACUACUUGCGUGAGGUCCUAGCUUUACCUGCAGCUGUAUACGAGUCACCAUCAUUCAGCUACAACGAUUCUCUGUCGCUUUCAAUUUUCAAUCAGAACGGUAAAAUAACGGUAAAUGACUUUCUGGACACCAUGAUGUCAGAUCCCGGACCGCCGUGUCUGGUCUGGUUGCCGCUGCUACAUCGCCUCGCCAGCGUUGAGAAUGUGGUCCACCCACUAGCCUGCAGCGCUUGCCGCCGCAGUUCGCUGACAGGGUUCCGCUACCGCUGCACUCGAUGCGCGAACUACACGCUCUGCCAGGAUUGCUUCUGGCGUGGAAGAGUCUCCUCCACGCACACGAACGAACACGAGGUCAAAGAAUACGCGGCUUAUAAAUCGCCAUCGAAACAAAUCGGUGCGACUCUCCGCAAAUCGUUCCGUUGCGUGCCCGAGCGGGCGCGGCCUCAGCUUCCCCGGUACCCUGACCAACCUGAACGCACUCUAAAUCUCAGCCAUAUUGUGCCACCAUCACCAGUCCCCGCCCACAAUGGUUUCCCCGAGUACCUGGGUGGUGUGGGCGGCGGCAGCUACGUGAACACCGGGUCGCUGGACUCCCGCUGGUCCAGGCGCGGGGCUGACGACGAACACAGGCUCAUCGCUAGAUACGCCGCCAGGCUAGCUCACGAGAACAGGACUAUGCCGCGAGCGGGUAGAUCCGCGUCAUUGACACCGGAGCUGGGUCGGUCGUCGUCUGAAGGUUCUGAAGUUGACGCGGCCAGACAACAGAGGGAGCUGAUAUCUCAACUAGAAGCUAAGAACAGGGAGAUUAUGAGGGAGAUUGCCCGGCUCAGACGACAACAGGAAGCGGAAGCGAGCGCCGGCGGCGCAUCCGGCGGUUCUGCCCCGCCAUUAGUUUCCGAGCUGCGAGCGCUGAGGCAACGGAAAGACGAACUAGAAGGACAUCUGUCUUCGCUGCAGGAGUCCAGGAAACACCUGAUGCAGCAACUGCAGGGACUCAUGAGGAUGCUCAAGACGCAGCAAUCAUCGCCAAGGUCGACGCCGAACUCGUCUCCGCGGUCAACAAAAAGUCCGCCAUUACCGGGUGCGCAGCCGCAACCUUCUGCGCCCGAAAGGGAAGGCCCCGGGCGAGGCGCGGUGCGCAGCGCCCCGCAGACGCCGUCGCUCGGGGAGCGGGAGCGAAUCGACAUGACGCACAGUUUAGGUGGAAUGGAGAGCAUGGGCGAGAGGAAUUUUCAUCAGAACCAACAACGUCCUACCAAUAUGGGCAUAGACAAUCGCAAUCUGCGCAGCGAUCUUCUGUAUGCUGCGGAUUCUGUCACCAACGCUAUGUCCACGCUUGUCAGGGAACUCAACUCUGAGGGAUCCGAUACGGAAGACACGAUCAAGGGAGAAUCUAGAAAGCAUAGAGAUUUCGAUGAAGACGAUGACAGCGAUGAGCCGAUGCCGCGGCCACAGCCCCCACGGCAUUAUCUACACGACAACAAUGUUCAGAGUAUGGCACCUAGUGUUAUAACGCAAUCGUAAAUUAGCUUGAUCACUUGCUUAUUAAGGACACCCCUCCGCCGCUGCCCGCGCGCACGGGCGUCGGCUACCCCCGCCCCUAGCCGCACGUCUAACUGUAACUAUAUAUACGAUAUACUAUCACCAUGUUAUGCGAAUUACACGUUGUCUCGUGUGACGCUGGUACAUGUUCGUAAUGAUAUCCUGCUAAUAUUAUAAACUAUCACCAUGUUAUGCGAAUUACACGUUGUCUCGUGUGACGCUGGUACAUGUUCGUAAUGAUAUCCUGCUAAUAUUAUAAAUGCGAAAGUUUGUGAGGAUGCAUAUGUGUAUAUUUGUUACUCUUUCACGCAAGAUCAGGACGGAUUGUUAUGAAAUUUGGAAGAAUAUAACUUGGAAUAGAGUACUUUUUAUUUCCGAUUCUCAUGCGAUCGAAGUUCACUUUAUCAGUUUUCUCCAAAUUUUCUCAGGUUUCUAGCACUGUUUCUGCAUUAAUAAAGUUCGUUCGUUUACGCACUAUAAAAGUUCAAGUGAACGCAUCGAUCCGUCAAACUUUUUCGUAUAUAAAUUUGGUUAAAACCAUCGAAAUUGGAGAAAAUUGAUGUAGUGAAUGUCAAUUGCAUAUGUUGGGUUGUUUUGACAAAAUGGCGUACCUUGCGUCUUUCCGCGCACGUUGGAGUUAAAGUCAAAAGUUGAUGGUGCGUCCCAUUCUAAACAUGUUGAUUAUAAAAUUUCGGCUGGUUUUUUACAACGUUUAAAGAAAUUGGUAUCAAAAACUAGAAUAUGUAGAACUAGAAAAAAUAUGAUAUUUAUAAUUUUAUUUGGAUUGAAACUUAAAUAAUGAUUAACAUGUACCAGAUUCAACAUUUGAAGGAUAUUUACAAGCACAAUAUCGCGAUUUGUCGAUAUGUAUUUGUAGUUUAGAAAUAUCAAGUAUUUUUGAGAAUAAACCCUCUUACUCUAUAUAGGUAGUUGAUAUUUAUACUAUAGUUAUUUUAACCCUCAACAGUUUUUACUGUAAUUAAAUAUAAAUGUAUGUAUCUUCGUACAUUUCAAAAGAAUAUCAGGAUUCUUUUUUGCCGCUUCUUUAUGAAAUGAAUUGUACAUGAGUUUUUCAUUGUUAAAAAGUGAAAUGGUAUUUAAAUAUGGCAGAGUGUAAAAUCAUUGACUCAAAAAAUACCUUAUAAAUCAUAUAUAUAAUAAAAAUAAUGUUCUGUCUUGCAAUAUUAUGUUUGGAAAGCAACUUUCGAGUCAUAUGAUGUAGGAAAGUGUAUGAGAAAUAAUGGCCGAUAAUGUAAAUAUAUUUUCGGUAAUUAUAUUUUUUUGUAUUUCGCUUAAUGUGUCUAGUCCCCAAGCUUUUUGAAUAAUUAUCAUAUGAACAUAUUAAUUGAUGUUGAAUAUUUUAGACGCACGUAAUGUUAACGCCAUGUCUUGGUGCUGCGUGCGUAUUAUCUAAAAGUAUAUGUCAUUAAAAUUAUGAUAUUUUCAUUUUUUUUCGCAGGCUUAUAAAAAAAUUACCUGUGUCAUUUAGUUCCUUGUAUAAAAAAAUACUAUUUUCAAAAUUUUGUAUCGUUUUGUUAAUAUACUAAUGUCUAUUCUUCAUACAUAUUAUUCCUUUUCUGUCUUCCAUUUGUCAAUUCCUUCCAUUGUGUACAAAAAUGUCAAUUGAUACUUCCCUAAAGCGUUGUUUUAAAUUCAUUAAAGGUGAUAAUCAGAUAAUCCACCAGGUUUGCUUAUGAGACACUUAUUAUUAUGAUUCUCAAUGGCCAGUACUAUUGGAUAUUCUAAUUUUAAAAAAAAUCUUUACUCGGGAAGUUCUUCACCCCAAAAUUUUCUAUAGAUUUAAUCGAAUAUUUCUGAGAUCCACCAUUUUCGUAUUCAAUAGUAUUUUUGUGAUGCUUCUUUCCUGUCUUUUUAUGAUGCCCUGGCGCACUUUUCACCGCGUCAAAUUCUCACCUGUCAUUGUUAUCGAAUUAACAAUUUUAUGUAUUCGAUUUGCUCACCAAAAUUAUUGAAGACUGAUUGAUCUUGUUAUUUUUAAGCACAACCUUGCUUAUGUGGGGAUACCAAAUUGUUGAAACCAAAAUAUUAUUUAGGAACUUAUUUCGCCUCAUUUCCUAUGGUUUAAAACUAUUCGAAAUAUUUUUAUAAGUACUGUAUAAUUUUCUAGCGACUUCCGUUAAAGGAGGAGAUUAUUUUACGUAAUGUAGUGGACUUAUUUCUUAUCAUUUAGUAAAUAGGGAUUUAUCUUCUUUUCUGUCAAAAAUUUAAAUUUUGAAGAUUCUACUCUUGACUUUAUGACCGGCCGCCUGUCUCAUAUAAGCCUUCUUUGGGAAUGUUGUUGUUGCCUAUCAUACGGCAAAGAGUUUGUAUUUAUUCGGCCAAGUAUGACAUCCACAGGAGUAGUGUACAAGCCGUACAAGUAGGCAGUAUACUUGCAAAUAAUGUUCCAUGAUUUUUCAGCUAUUAUUUAAAGAUCGUGAUCUUUUUGUUUAGUCUUAACGAUCAUAUCUGAAUCGUCUGAUGAUCUGAAUAAUCUGGAAGUACUUACAUGUUUUUUGACAAUUUAAGCAUUUAUUAUUUCUAUUGGAACCAUUUGUUGUAUAACAAAAUGUGUUUGAAGAUGUAAAUUUUUUUAACAUUUUUUUAUGACUUUUUUCCUUAGUAAUUUUUUUUUCUAUGUAUUAGCUGGAGCAUAUCCGUCAUUCUUUUUAAAGUUUUUUUAUUAUUUCGUUUUUUACUAUUUGAAAAUAUGCUGAAGCAUAAUUAAUUGGUCUUAGUAUUUCUUAUUACAAAUUUUCUUUUUAUAUUCUAGGCUUAAGGGUUCGCAUAUCAUUAUUAUUUUUAGGAAGUUAAGUGCAAUAUAGAUUCAUUUGACACGGACUUGCCCAAAUGUGAUGGAAUUUUAAAUUUUAUUAAUAAAAUAUAGGACGUAUUUUAACCUUUUUAAUUGUGGAAAGUAAAUAUCCAAAGCAUUGUAAAUGUUUAAGUAGUUUUAAGCAUGUUUUAACUCCGGAAAGAAAAAAAAUCAAUUUUUUUUUAGUUUUUAAUGUCUAUUCUUUAAACAGUACACGCGUCAGUGAUGCAUAAUAUUUUAAACGUUUGCUACUGAAAACUAUAAAAAAAACAAAUGCAAUUUAUACUCUGUUAAAGGGAAUCAAGUGUAAUCUAAGUCUUUUUUUACUUAAGUAAAUAUUUUCCGGCAAAAUUGUCUAAUCUGUGUGAUUCACUGGUUUUUUCCUAACUUCUUUUCAAAUUAACUAAAGUCAGAAAGAAAAGACGUAAGACUACGAUCUUUCAUAAAGUAUGUAUUUACAAUUGUACAUACAAAGUUCAUUAUACAAAUAAUGUUUUUUCAUAAUAAAAUCAUGUUGAAUCAGCUAAUUCCCAGAUAACUAAUAUUAUCCCAUGCGUCUUACUGCGUUUUACGUCUUUCCUUUUGACUUAUUUAUAAAUGAAGUAAUAGAUAUGUGAUAUUCGAAGAUUUUUAAUGAAUAAAUAAUAUUAUGGAAUAUGCAUGAAACUGAAAUCUCAUAAAUAUUCUUAAAAUGCGGUAUCAAUAUAAACAUCGGUUUAGAAAUUAUAAAGUUUAUUAUGUAACGUAUUUUUUUUGUAAAACAGAGUUUUUGUAUAGCCGAUGUAGACUUGUCAAAAUGUAUAGUGAAACUCUGACAAUAUUGAUAAUAGAAAAAGUUUUUGAAAAACAAUGUCAUUGUUCUCCUAUUUGUUUAGUGACAUGCAUAUUGCAUAUUGUUUAUCUUGUAACAUUUCAACUUAAAAUAUACUUUAAGAUACAACUUAAAAUAUACUUUUUAUAGCAAUAAAAAGUAGCGUUGUUGAGGGACACAUAAACUACAAUUAACUAAACGUAGUGAAAUACAAAUUGCCUUCUAUGCUAUAAGGUUUUCAUGUUGUAUAUGUUAUCAUAAGUAAUUCAGGUUUUAUAAAAAAAUAAAAUAAAAACAAAACGUCAAAAUACGGGCUUUUGAUACGAGCGAAUGAGAAUAGGAAUGGAAUACAAGCAAUGUAUAGUAAUAUUUAUAAAAUAAUUUAGGCGACCUUCGCAAAACUUAUUUGUCCUGAAAUUGUGAAACAAAGACAAAUUUCCCAUUAAAUUUACAAGAGUUUGUAUUUAAAAUAAAACGUACCUAUCAAAAUUUACACUGUUAAGUUGCUGAUGAUUAAAAUGCAAUUGCAGUAAUUCAUUGGCCUGCAUUUUGACGACUUGAACGUAUAGUUUCUGUCUACCCCGGCAAUGCUACUUGUAACAUAAACAAAACAGAAGUUACUCAUAUGAAUACCUACAUAAUAAUCUUUUAUACCAUUCGUAUAAAUAGAUUUUGUAAUAGAUUAGUGUAGUUAUAUGUCUAUGUUAAGAUAUAUUAUGUACUGUAUAACAUAGGAUGAAAGCACAAAAAUUCCUAAAACACCCAGUUUCUAUUGUCGUGGUGUUUUUUAUAUAUAAAAUAAUCGAUUUUUUUAUCCGUGUCGUAUACGUUUAGAUCACAUAUGUACGUAUAAUAUAUAACAAACAUAUAUACAGUGUUUUGUGUUUGUGUGAUAUAACUCGUCGGACUGAAUGGAAAUAGUGGUCUCGCCCUAUGAUUUCUUCUCAAUUUUUUUUUAUCCCCGAGAGAGGUAUGGUUGUGACUUCAACGAACGGUUUGACCAUUGGAGAGUUUAUCGCAAUAGAAUAUAACCUAUAUGUAAAAUAUGUACCUAAAAAGGAAUGUUAGAGCGAGACCGCUAUUCGUUGUGAGGCUUGUACUUAUAUAUGACUUGUACUUGUAUAUGUGAUGAAGUUUAUCAUUGCAACUGUAAACAUUCCAUUGCUUGUGA